AUGGACUUCCUGUUUUCUGCAGGUUUUCAGGAGGCUGAUGAUGCUUUUGUCUUACCAGCUACUUUCGAUGUCGGUCAUUUGAAGAAGUUAUUUAUUCAGUUAAGAUCUUGUUUGCCGGUUAGUUCUGUGACAGUAAAUCAAGACAAUCUGGAUCUGAGAAGCUCUGAAAUAAGUUUUGUUAAUCGAUUGCUUCAGUAUCGUUCUUUUGUUGUAAACUACAUGGAUUUAGAGUUACAGACUCGGGCACGUGAAUUGAUUCCCACUGAACAGCUUCUUUUAUCCGCCUCUCAAAAUAAUAGUUGUUCUAUAGAUGAUGUGGAGCCCAGAGAUUUUCUUCGAGAGUUAUUAAUUUGGUUUAAGAGUGAAUUCUUUAAAUGGGCUGACGACUUUGUAUGUAAAACAUGCGGUGGCAAAAUGGUCGCAUUCUCAAACGAUCAGCCUCAACUGGAUGAAAUGAAUGAUGGUGGUGCAAACGUAGUAGAGAUUUAUCAGUGUAAAACAAACAAAACACAUCCAUUAUAUCGUUUUCCUCGAUAUAACAAUCCUAGAAAACUACUUGAAACUCGUUUAGGACGAUGUGGUGAAUGGGCAAAUUGUUUUACAUUGUUCCUUGUUUCUGCUGAACGUCACACUAAUCAACCUUGGUUUGAUGCAUGUCGACUUAUUAUGGAUUGGACAGAUCAUGUUUGGUGUGAAGUCUGGUUAAAAGAUAAACAUAAUGAUAAAAAACUUUGGGUUCACUGUGAUCCAUGUGAAGUACAAUUGGACAAACCUUUACUGUAUGAAUCUGGAUGGAAUAAAAAAAUUAAUUAUAUUAUGGCUUACACAGUGCCACCUCGAUCAUUAUAUCAGAAAUCGGAUAACACUACCAAAUUAGUAACUGUGGAUAUACAAGAUGUGACAUGGCGUUAUACACAGAAGUUUUCAGAAGUUCAAUCCCAUCGAAAUAUGAUUAGAGAAUCCGUACUGGCGUAUAAAUUAGCGGACAUUCAUACUAAUGCUAUCCGAAACUGGUCGCUUAACAAUAAUCCAGCCGAUAUUGACCAAAAACCAUACUGUUGGGAUUCAGUUAUUGAUGAAUUGGUGAGUUUCCUUCAUCCUUCAAAGUGUAAUGAUCAACUUCCGGGUCGUCAAACUGGAUCGUUGGAAUGGCGUCAAGCUCGUGGUGAACUGGGUCAGACUUCUCUGUCUUUUGAACCACUUCUUAAAGGAUCAAAGUGUAUUAUUACCCCGUCUGAUUCGGAACUUCAAAGUGGAAUCUUUCACUUACGUUAUAAUUCAGCUUUAAAUAUUUACCAGCGUCCUUAUUAUUCUAACGAUAGUAAUAGUAAUAAUAAUGAUAAUAAUAAUAAUGCAAAAACGGAUACUGAUGUUGUAUUAGAGUUUCAAUGUUCUACAAAUUCACCAAAAGCGAAUAAUCAAGAGUCAACCAAAUUGAUUGAAAAUGCUCGGAAAACCGGUUUAUAUGGAUGGCAGUCUAUGGUCUAUCAGUGGAGAAAUAUUUUUCGGAAGAUAGAACUUGAUUGGCACAUGGUUUAUUUAGCUCGUGAAGAGGACAGUAAACCAUCAGAAGAUGGAAUAAUUAUCUGGAUGCUUGAUUUAAGAAAUACUAAUUAUCGUGUUGGAAAAGUUUCUAUAUUUACAAAUAUGGUGUGUCAUUCAACUGAUUGUCAUGCUCGUUUUGUACUUUGUUCCGGUGAAUAUCCGGUAAAUAGUAGUAAUAAUGGCCAAGAGGAAAAUAAUCCACAAUCUGUGCCUAACUCAUGUUUGUGUCUUCAACCAGGUUCUGCUUCAUUAUUCAAUUCAGAAUCUAUGAUUGGAUCUGAUUUUCUGACUUUAAAAGCUCGUCUAUGGAAUGAUGAUGAAUCUACUGGAAAGUCAUCUUCUGUGGCUUGGCAGCAAGCUCAACUAUUUCGGCAAAAGGAUAAUGAUUUUGAUACUUGGUCAUUGGAAUGGAAAGUUGAAUUGGUAAAAAUUAAUAAGACAGUUAAUUAA